AUAUCAAGGACAGCAUCAUGUGAUUUGGAAAUGUUUCAAAGCUAAACCCACUUUGUGGGUUUGCUUAGUGUCAUUUAGGUGAUGAACUAAAUCCUUCAUCUGAAGACAAGGGCUGUAAAAUGGCUUCGUGCAGCAGGAAUCUGAUUUUCGUUUGGUUUCUCCUUGCCUUUCCAGGUUGUGUGUCUGCAGAAAGCCUCGAGGCCACAGUGGGAGCAGAUGUGACAUUAACGUGCAAAUAUGAUGCUCAGUAUUAUGGAGUGCUGUCGAUGUGCUGGGGCAGGGGCUCCAUCCCAAACAGAGGCUGUGCAGGUGAAAUUAUCAAGACAAAUGGGAAGUCGGUCACCAGCAGCUCAUCAGAGCGUUACCAGCUCAUGGGUAACCUCCGUGAGGGAGAUGUGUCCCUGACCAUCAGGCAGGUUGAGGAGGGGGAUUCAGGGACGUACGGCUGCCGGGUGGACAUACCAGGCUGGUUCAAUGAUCACAAACAUGAAAUCACUCUGACGGUUGUACCAGGGCGGCCUAAACCACUGAAGGUGGAAACAAGGGAGGUAAAGGAGAGAACCAUAACUGUCCGCUGGGCUCGUGUGUUUGAUGGUGGCAGGCCGAUCACAACCUACAGAGUGGAUCUCAAAAACAAACAGGCAUCCUGGGAUACUGCAGUAAGAACUGAACUGUAUGAUCCUGAACUGACUCAGGUGACUUUGGUGGAUUUACGUCCAGCCAAGACCUACAACCUACGUAUGUUCGCUAUCAACAGUGUGGGCAUGAGUGAGUCCAGCAAUGUUCUCACAGUCACAACAAAGGAAGCAGCGCCAGAUGGUCCUCCCAUCGAUAUGCAGCUACAGGCCCUCACUUCUCACAGUAUCAAAGUCACAUGGAAGCCUCCAAGGGCAGAUCUCAGAAACGGGGUUCUGAGGAGUUACAGCCUCAGCUACAGAGAAUACGACCCAGCAGGCAGACACUUCAAGAAGUGGCAACACCAGAGCAUCACAGCCACACGGGAAGUGGAGACCCUCACCCUGACCAACCUGAAGCCCUCCACCAAGUAUGGUGUUCUCAUACAGGCUAAAACGAAUGCAGGAAUAGGACCUGCCGCAACUGCACCGCUCUGCACCACACAUGAUGAGGAACACCAAACUUCAACAGCGGCUACUGCUGUGACCACUUCCCUUCCUGUCACGAUGUGGAAAACUGAUUCAAGUAUCACAUCAGGUACACAUUUUGAUACAACUUCAGCAGCAGAGACUGUCACUGGUGAAACCACUUCAGCGUCUGCCACAGUCUGGGAACAAGAAGCUACAACUUUCACCUCAGGUUCCCCAGAUCCCCCAGUGGUUGAGCUGAAGGAGGUCAAAGAUUUUACCAUUUCCCUGUUGUGGACUCCUGGGUUUGAGGGAGGCAGCCCUGUCACUGGCUAUUACCUGGAAUAUAAAGCAGUAAAUGCAUCAUGGGAUUACAGAAAAAGCGUUGUAGACUUCAGCACCAACCAAACAGAGGCCACCAUAAUUGAGAUGACCCCGUCGACAUACAACAUUCGAAUGUUUGCCAAGAACAGCCUGGGCAGCAGUCAAGCCAGUAACGUCCUCACCUUCACUGUCAAAGAAACAGGUCAUCAAAGGGAUAUUCUCCCUACUACUCCAUCUACGGACACUAAAGCAUCUUCGAGCUUUGAGGAGGGCCGUAGUGGUCACCUUGCUGCCAUUGUGGUGCCGGUGGUGCUGGCGGUGUUGAUUGUUGCCAUAGUAACCACAUGGCAACUUCGACGAAUAAAACUGAAAAAAGGGACCUUGAACAUGUGGCUGAACAAUGGGGCGAUACGUUACAGAGGUGCUGAGGCUGAAAGUCUGUAAAAAUCAGUGUUAAUCUAAAACUUCAACCUCAGGAGAAGAAGUCAUGGUGGUUUUCAAUUUCAUUAAGUUUUCCAAAAGUAAAGUUUAUAUUGUUCAGUUUAUGGUACGUUAGAGAGAAGACAAUUAAGGCAAACUUGGAGGUUGAACCGUGUAUGGACAAAAUAAUCUGUACUUUGUAAACAUGUAAACAAAUACAACUCUGAUGAUUA